AUGGAAUGGGAGCAGCUGGGCUGUCAGAAGGCUGAUUCCGGAUUGUGGCUCACGCCGGCCGGACAGACCUGUAUGACAGACCAGUUAGCGACCUGGGUCAUUGAUUGCCUACAUCUAGCCACUCACUGUGGGGCCACCUUGCUAGUAGACGCUCUCUUACAGGCAUGGUGGCAUCCUCGACUUAAGGUUUUGGCAGCCCAAACUAGGGCACGGUGCCUCACCUGUGCUACACACAACCCUGGUAAAGGAGUUGUCUGCCAGACAGGUCGUACUCCAUUACCUACUGCUCCGUUUGAAACCUUACAGAUGGAUUUUAUUGAUUUGCCUAAGUGUCAGUGUUAUAAACAUGUACUUGUUAUUGUUGAUGUGUUUUCUAGAUGGAUUGAAGCCUUUCCAACCACUGAUUGCACUGCCUCUACGGUGGUGUCUAUUUUAUUACGGCAGGUUGUUCCUCGCUUUGGGGUUCCAAAUACCAUCAGUCCGGAUAACGGCCUUCACUUUAUUGCCGCUAUCAAUAAAGAAUUGUACCGACAGCUGGGCGUAACCCAGCGGCUGCAUUGUGCUUAUCGCCCACAGGCUGCAGGAAUGGUGGAACGCUUGAACCAGACCAUGAAGACCAAGCUUGCCAAGCUGGUGGACCAAUCAGGCUCCACAUGGGUUAAAAUGUUGCCUGUUGCUUUGUUUCAGAUCAGAGUCCUUCCAGCAGGGAAGACAAGGUUGUCUCCUGCAGAGAUCAUCUAUGGCCGACUUCUGCGCACCCCCUGGACAGACAUUAUCCCGGUCACAAUGACAUUGCAUCACAUGACGGAGGAGAUGGUCUCUUACGUCCUUGCCCUUACAAGGGCCCUGCGUGAGAUUCAUGGGGAGGUCAAGGCCGCAUAUGUGGGCGACAUAGAUUUUCCCGUUAAUGGACGGAUCACCCUGGGCUCUUAUGUGUUGAUUAAGAAUUGGGUUCGUAAGGACACCCUUUCUCCUCGAUGGUUGGGCCCCUUCCAGGUUCUCCUCACCACCCCCACCGCAGUAAAGGUAGAAGGACGAUCGGCAUGGGUGCAUUUGCACCAUUGCAAAGUGGUUGGUGACACCAAGCAAAGGGGGGGAGGUCAAGGUCAGGGAGGGGGAUCCAGUCCACGGGAAGCAGGGCACAAAUUAAUUUUGACAUGA